AUGCGCUGCCCUCGUUUCUCACUCCUCGCACUCCUCCCCCUUCUCGCUCCCGUCCUGGGGCAGGAUGGGACAAACUCGUCCAGCCCCGAUGCUUAUGUCGCCGGCCUCCUUAGCACCCUCCAGGGGCUCAACCUCACCAUGCUCCAACAAGCCGCCGUCUCCCUCGCCAACACAACUGAAGGCGCUUCGCUCCUCGCAUCCCUCCCCAUGGGAAAUCGUACCGUCUUCGCUCCCAACGACGCUGCCUUUGCCCAGGUGCCUGAAAACGUCACUUCCAAUCUUGAUGAACUGGGGAACAUCCUCAGGUACCACGUUGUCUCUGGCUCGUUCAACGCCAGCUCGUUCGCCAUGAGCCCCAAUCAUACCAUCAUGCGCACGUUCUUGAACGACAGCUCGUUGGUGCAACUCGAGGGGAACAAGAGCCAGGUACUCGUCGCUGACCCCAGCGGUGGUCCAGUUAUGCUCCUUAACCAACCUCAAAACAUCACCGUGCUCCAGUCGGCAACGUAUGAUAACCUCAUCAUUCACGUGAUCGACGGCGUGCUCACCGUCCCUCCCCCCCUGACCGGCCUCAAUCCGUCCAACAUCUCUGCCCUCCUCAGCGCAGCACAAAGCUCGAACCUCACCGAUCCCGUCCUCGCCUCGCACGGCGUCACCAUCUUUGCUCCCACCGAUGCAGCGCUCACGGGUGCUCUCGGCCAGCUGGGUCAAGCCGCCUCGAACAUGACGCUCAUCCAGGCCGUGCUCGGGAACCACAUUGUCAACGGCACUACUCUUUAUAGCACCAGUCUGGCCGGCGCCUCCAACCUCACGUCCGCGUCCGGCGAGCCGCUCAUGAUGAUAUCCAACUCAUCAGGGCUGUUCGUCAUGUCUGCGAACAGUACCGCUAAGGUCGUGCAGAGCGAUAUCCUUAUCGAGAAUGGUGUGGUGCACCUUAUCGAUGGCGUCCUUCUCAACCCGAUGUCCAACAGCUCUGCGGCUGAAAGCGCGUACUCUGUCGCUACCGUUGCCGCAGCCACCCAGACGGCGAUGGAAACUGGCGCCGUCGGGGCUGCCGGUGCCGGCAGCGGCGCUACCCCAAGCCCGAGCGCAGGAGGGAUGUCCAGCGGCGCUCUGGGCAUGGGCUCGGGCUUUGGAACCGUGGGUGUCGCAGCCCUUGCAGCCCUGGCCGGCGCGAUGCUUCUAGUGUAG